GAACAUAAUGAAGUACUGUGUAUUUGCGCUACUGCUAGCAACAGUAUAUGGGGUCACACCAGAGUUGGAAAGCCUAGUAAGAGCUGAAGCAAUCCGCAUGGGAGGCGAAUGCAAAGCUGAAAUGGGAGCAACUGACGACGACAUUGAGCCGUUACUGGCCCAUUCGCUGCCUACGACCGAGAAAGGGAAGUGCUUUAUAGCUUGCAUGUACAAAAAGAUGGGAGUGCAAGAUUCAGAUGGAAGCAUAAAAUCCGCAGAUGAAUUUCUUGAAAAAAUAAAACCCAUUCACGAAAAUUAUUACGCUAAAGCCAAAAUGAUUGCUGAUAUAUGCAUAGCGUCCGAUCACGACCACGACGAUGAAUGCGACAUUGCAAGUUCCUUAUACAGUUGUUGGCUGGAACAGAAAGCUAAGAUGGGGCUUCCUAAUAUCACACUGAAGUAACUUGCACCACUGCAACGCGAUGCUAAUUCUAGGGGUAGCUUGAUGUAUAGAUAUCGC